AUCUAGCCACUCGAGUGCGGGAAUUGAAGUCAUUUUAUGUUUGAAUAAAAACAAUGUUCUCCAAUUAUCGAACUGUUAAAUAAUGUAAAAUAAAAAAGUGAGAUAUAAAUAGUGUUUGUGAUUACAACCUACAUCAGUUUUGUAAAUGUCUGCACACUAAUGAAAAACUACUGACACGGAGGUGUCUCCAUCAAGAAUGUGGAAGUAGCAAAAACCCCGUUUUAGAACGUUCAGUUUUGACAAUUACACACAUAUACAUAGACUCCUCGACUUACGAACAAGUUAGGUUCCAGAGGUCUGUUCGUAAGUCGAUUUGUUCAAAUUUACUCCUGUCGAUUCCAAACAUGUACGGCGUGUACACUAAACACGGACAAUGGCUUUAAAAGUUGUAUAAUCUCCUGCAACUAUAGAUGCCACUGGUUCUUUAUGUUCUGCCUGGCCUGGGCAGAAAGGCCUGGGCAGAAAUUCUGGGAAUGCUGGGUAAUGACACUGAACAACCACCGCCAUCUAUUGCGCUGUGAUUUAACUUACGACUCGCGGUUCAAAAAAGCAACUGGACAUACGGGCCAGGUUUGUUCCUAUCUCUGAAAGUUCAUAAGUCGAAUAUGCAAAUGUAUCAAAUCAUGAGUGGCUUAGAAACGAUAUAUGGGGCUUUUAAAACCAAAACCAUACAUGUUUUGGGCAUAAUGUAAACGUUUAAACUAGGAACUUGGAAGAAUUUUAAAUCCCUGCCACCGAUUGUUCAGAGUUUGGGUGUUUGACUGUGGGCUUGCUCUGUCUGAUUACACAGCCACUAUCACAAAAUAAUUGUUGAUCAUUUCAGUUUUUUUUUAAACUAGUUAUAUGGAACCUAAAAUCGUGAACGUGACAGAGGGUGAAAAAACAUGCGUGCAAAUACAACACGAAUCCGGGGUUCGCGCUUUCUUGUGAUCAUUUUAAGUUUUAAUCAUUUAAACAUGUUAAAUAUGUAUACAUGUUUUUCCUAACACCAAAUGGUAAUACAGUAAUAACUUCGCUCACUCUUAAAGACAUAUUAUAAACUAUUUUUAUUUUACCAAGUAAGGCCUACUGAACUAUAUCGCUCUUUUUCAGAAGUGACCUGGCCACAAAUAAUAGCUCAACGAAGUGGCCAAAUACUCUAAACGCGUGAUGUUGAUUCUAAAUGUAGAGGUAAAAACCGGAGGGCCCGGAGAAAAAUCCACGACUACGGGGAGAGAGACAUGCAAAUUCCAAAUAUACAGUUGGCAUCAGAGUCUGGAUCGAACCCACGAACUGUAUUCCAGCUGUUUUCAUUGGAGUAUGACAGACAAGGCUCUGCCUCCCCUGACCGCACGUCCCUGCUCGCCGCCAUGGCGAGGUGGUAACUCGGAGCAACCACGGACAAGCGAGAAGGCAGCAGCCAGGCGUGAGGAACGCGGCGAGAAGGAAACUCGCCACUUGGCGAAGGAGGCGCUUCCUGCGCUUGCCCGCCCCGGGGAGAGAGAGAGAGGGGGGCGGCGAGGGAGUGGCGAGUGGUCGCGGGGAGCUGGGAGCGGAGAAUUGGUCGCGGGGAGUUCGCUGGUGACGGAGAAUUGGUCGCAGGGAACUGGUCUCCGGUCAGCUCUCGGCUCUCCGCCCGUCGCCAUGGACAAGAUGAACAGCCUGGCGCAGUUCCUGCGCGCGAACAGCAUCUCGCUGGUGAACGGCGGCAUCGCGCUCACGACGUUGGGCGGGCAGCAGCUGUUCUCGCUGCUCGCCUACAACUGCCCCUGCGCCGUCACCGCCAACUACGCGUACGGGGUGGUCGCCAUCGGGGUGCCCGCCCUGCUGCUGCUCGCGCUCGGCUGGACGCUCAACCCCACCGCGUGGCUGCUGCUGGGCGACUGCUGCCGCCGCGGCCGCGGCUCCGCGCCCACGCCGCUCGGCGCCCUGCUCGGCGCCCUGCUCGGCGUGGCGACCCGCGCUGCCGUGGCACCGCUCACGUGGAUCGCCGUCUCGCUGCUGUCGGGCGACUUCUACGUGUGCGCCGCCAGCGAGUUCAGGAGUCCCGGGGAGUUCGUGCGCGGCGGCGGCGGCGUGGCGGUCACUCCAAGCCGCGACGCGCCGCGCCACGACUUGGCCGCAGUGCCCUGCAAGGGGGAGCCGCUCGGACUGAACCUGGCCCCGGGAUUCUCUCGGGACGCGAUGCUCCGGCAACUCAAGUACGAGUCCCAGAGUGACGCGAGUGGUCCCGUGGUCGAGCGGUCGUUAGGAGGGUUGCGAGUUCAAGUCGCAGAGUGCAGCAGCAGCUGCAGACGUCGUGGCGUUCCGCGUGGGGAGCACAGACCACGGACCCACGAUGCGUACCUGGGCCGCGUGUUAUCCCCCCCCCCCCUCCCCCACUGUUGUAGCGAGCUUCUGGCGUGGUUGUGCUUUAUUAAUCCAUAAUCUCUGCCAUUACAUACAAUGAAACAAGAAAAUGUAACAAAGAAAAGAACAGCAAUGUAAUACAAUACACUAUUAGACUUUAUUGUAAAAAAUCAAUAAAAAGUCCAUCCUAUGUGUUAGUGAUUUUUUUUUUUAGGUAGGAAAUUCGUUUUCAAAUUUAGAUUUUUUUUUCUAGGGGGGGACCCCCAGACCCCCAGAAAGAUUUGGUCCCCCCCAAUGUUGACUCCAUGGCUACGGCCUUGCCCUGUGUGGUAAUCUGGCACGCAGAUGUGAUUAUUAAAAAAAACUAUCAAAAUUAACUUUUGUUUUGCUUGAAUGAUUGUUAUAGAACCAAAACAUUUUUACGCCAAACCGUUAGAGAUAUCGUGUUAUUUGGAGUCUUGUGUUCUCUGGGUCCUCCGGGUUUUCCUUCCACAUGCAGAAACAUGCGUUUCGAGUAUUUGGCUGCUAUAAAUGUCCACGUGAUAAGCCACUUCGUUGAGCUAUCAUUUGUGGCCAGGUCGCUUCCGAAAAAGAGCUACGUAGCUCAGUGGGCCUUACUUGGUGAAAUAAAAAUAUUAGAUCAUAAUGGCGUCUAAUCUGAUAUCUGGUUGGAUUUAAAACGCGGGAUGGGAUAUGUUAAUCUAAGCGACCGAUUUAUAAUAGGCUAAGCAAACCACGUCGUAUGCGCCAGUCACUUUCCUGUUUUAUGUAGACUAUAACUUUACACUUUAUACAGAUAGUCCCCGAGUUACAAUGGUCCGACUUACGAUAUUUCGAUCUUACGAUAACUAUACGACAAAAUUGUAAAAUAUUUUAAAUUUCGCGCGGCAGGCAAACGCAGCAGCGUACGAGAUACGAUGCUGUACGUUGGGGCGCUGCCGGGAUGUACGCAUCUCCCGCCUUGUGUGAUGCAGAUAGGAUUGUUUCCUGAAAAAAACUUUCUAUUAAAUUGCAGUUCAUAUAGGUAGGCUAUAAUUUACCUUGUUUUUACUUUACAUUUUACUGUGCAAUACAGUAUUGUAAUUAAUAAAUGCAUACAGUAUAUAGUUUAUACAGUACGGUCCUGUAAAUUGCUCUGUUUUGCUAAAGAAUAGUGAUAAAGACUCCUGGGUAGGCUAGGCCAUCUUCGACUUACGAUAUUUUUGACUUACGAUGGGGUCGUUGUAACGCAUCUCCAUCGUAAGUAGAGGACUACCUGACUUACAUUUUCGCAGCCAGCACCAAGAUUCGGAGUUAAAUGUUUUGUUAGGAUGUGUAGCCCAGCAACAUCUUUGUUAAGACUUUCCACCACCCAACACUGCCAAACAAACAUUAAAUUGCCACGUAUUCGAGUGUUUAAUAGGCCACUUAUUGCUGUUGUUUCACCUCCUACCGGUGAGUUGAACAUUUCUCACAACGAAAUUUAUCAGUUGGCUAAGUUUCGCCUGAGACUACGUAAAGCAUCCAUUCGGAUACGAUUCAGGAAGUCGGAAUAAAAAUGCAGAUCAAGAUUUUCCUAAAUUGUUGGUAUUUUUGUUGUGUUUGCUUGACAAGACAAACUGUUGCGAGAAAAACUGUUUUAGAAAAAAAUCUAGGCGCAUCAAGUCUUAAACGCAAAAUGAACGUGUCUUAUUGUGUGCGUGAAAAUGUCGACAAAAUGUGUUCUUGAAUUGUGACCUCAUUGCAUGGGGGGUGGUGGGGGUUGAGAAUUGGUUAGUCCGUGGGCCAGAACAGAAACUGGUACCACAUCAGGUAGAAAAACUUGACCCCCACUGAUGUAUUUACAUGGCUGUCAAAAGCGAUUUGCUGUCGAUAACACGCGCAUUUCAAACGAUUAUCAAAUCAUAUAAUUAAUUCAUUGUUGUUGGCUGCAUCAAUAAAUUGGAACCGCUAAGGUGGUGUCUAUUAAGCAGAAUACUUGCCCUAGGCCCUUGGGCUUGUUAAAACAUGUUGUCCAUGCCUGGCAUCAUUGCGUUCCCUCUGCGUGGUGUCAAAACCCGCACGGCGAUUCCCAGCCGAUGCCAGAAGCUUAGCUUGAUCCUUGACAGUAAGGCGUGAUGGCCAGCAAUAUCACAUUCUUUUGAAAAAUUAAUACAGGUGGUUGUAACCUUUUAUCAUUAUUAUCCAAAUAAACACAAAUACACAUCAGUUUAUUUAUUUAGUCUGGAGGAGGAAUCCGAUGAGCUGUGAAGCUCUUUUGCACAGAUGUCCAGUCGGGACGGGGUCAGCAAAUUACAGUAAGUAACUGUCGUAGUUAGCAGUACUACUGACAUAAAUACAGUAUACGUGUCAUUCCAUGUCUUUCCUACACAUACAGUAGAUUCGAUUAUCCACGUUAAUGACCGGGAGGACGGCCGUGGAUAAUUCAAAAUCACGGAUAAUCCCAAAAUAUAAAUUUUCCACGGAUCUCUAUGCCAAAAAACACGAAUAUUAUGUAUACAUUAUGUUUAAGUUAAGAAAAUUGAGUUUGUUAAUCAACUAAACUAAAAUUUGAAGUAAAGAAUCGAGCAAUUGAUUAUGCGCAUGCUCAGUGAUGACACUUUCCUGCUCCCGUGCAGAAGACUCUACCCACUAAGUGGACAUCAGAGCCACGCUAACUCCUGUACUGUAGAGGCGGUCACGUGGAUUUCUGGUGAACCGGAGCACAUAUUUGUUCAGUUUAAGCACCUGACUUGUAAUACACAUUUACAAGAAAAACAGUGUAUAACUGUGUUUAGAUUAUUAAUUUGGGCUUAAGGAAAAAUCCAUGAGUUAUUAAUUUAUAUGAAAAUAUCAGGUGUGCAAAUUGGAUAAACCGCACGCGGAUAAUUGAAAAUCUGCUGAAUAUGUUUUUCAGUACCUCCGAUUAGCACGGUUGGCUACGUACGGUGCGAACGAAGUUCAACAUGCAUACAGUACAUAUCAGCAUUUCUGAACCAAUAGUGGUACGAUUAUAGUGAGCGUCUCCAUUUUAGUGCUGAAUGUGAAUGCUGUGUGCAUCGCUUGCUUAUAUUGUUACCUGCACGUGGGAGCCACGAGGAAUUGUGCUUUGAUUCGCUGGUUUGACACGAUUGUGCUGCUGCUGUGUC